CUUGAAAACGGUUUCAGCUGACAAGUAUAAUGCUGUGCAAAUUCGUAAAUAAUAUGAAAAAAUAAUAUUGAUCACUCAAAAACAUUAUAGUGGCCAUUUUUUUAUGAUUUGACCUGAUCCCUUUCGAUAAAUGUUGAUAUAAUCGCAAAGCAGAUGAUGUAUUUGUCAAGUUGACAGAAUUUUUCGCUCUGAGAAUUAAUUCGCGAAAAUCCAGGAAAAAUACAUAUAAUAAGAUGGAGCUGUUGGAGAACAAUAAAACGCAGCAGGAAACGAUAGCAGCGCAGACGAAGCUUAUUGAAAAUAUGCCACUGCAAAUAGAUGAGUUGCAGAGGCAAAUUAAUAAAUUAGUGAAGAAGAGUUCCACAGUUAACAAAGUGGACACAGCAAACAUGCAAGAAGAUAGCUUUGAAGUAACGAAAAAAACGCAGAUAGAAGAAGAGCUGCAGCAAUUUUCCACCCCCGCCACUACCAUCUGGAAGAUAAUGGAGGAAAUUCACCUCUCUAUAGAGGACUUCAUCGAAUCCAAAAUUUGCAACGACAUCCAACAGUUCUUCAGCUGUCACAUUGAGCAGAUGUUGCAAGAAAUACUGCGGUGUAGGGAGUUUGGAUAG